AAAAAUGACGGUACAUUUUGGUGGCUGUGCUGUGGCAUUAUCAACUUGCCUUUCUCUCCCUCCCUGUGUCUCACAGUAAUGCCUUCCUUCCAACUUUCAAUGUUCUUCUCGAUACCAUACCCUCUCUGUUUCUUGCCUUCACCUUUCUUUCUGCUUCAAAUACUAUACUGUUUCUUUCUUUCUUAAAUUUGUUAGCUUGCUUAAAAAAUAUUGACUGCCUGACACUAUCAUCACUGUCCUCCAGUCCCGAAAAAAAAAAAAAAAACCCCAAUUAUAGCAUAUCGUAUCCAGCUUAUAGAUUAUCUAAUUUAAUUAUUUAAUUCAACUCUUUAGCUGUACCUACUGUUUCAAUUUUUACAUUCUAUUUUAAAAUUUUAUUCACACCCUGUCGUACAGUUAAAGAACGUGGUCUGGGCGCUCUUCUAUUCUAUCUAUCUAUCUUUCUCUCCGAGUUCAAGUUUCAAGAAUACUGAAGACCCCAUCUCUAUCUUAUUCUUUUGCUUGAGACUUCCUUGAUUUGUCGCUGUAAAUGCAGCUUGGUGCGACCUUAUCUGUUUUUGAUGGGGAAGAAGGGAGGUAGUUCAUGGUUGACCGCUGUGAAAAGAGCUUUUAGAUCUCCUACUAAAGACGCUGACAAGAGAAGUAGCAGGAGAAGAGAGGACCAUGACCAAGAAGAAGACGAAGAAAAGAAAAGAGAGAAGAGAAGAUGGUUAUUUAGAAAACCCUCGGUUCAAGAACCGGUAAUACAGCAAGCCCCUUCCAAGGCAGCUACUGACAAGGCUACCGGUGGUGUUAUAUCGACAGACCAUGUGUCAAAUGCGGCAGUUGACCAGAAGCACGCCACUGCAUCCCAGGCAGCAGCAGAAGCAGCUCGGCUCACCAGGCCUACUUAUCACGCCAGAGAACACUAUGCUGCUAUUGUUAUUCAAACCGCUUUUAGAGGAUACCUGGCAAGGAGGGCACUUCGUGCGCUUAAAGGACUAGUAAAGUUGCAAGCUUUAGUAAGGGGACACAAUGUGAGAAAACAAGCCAAGAUGACACUGCGCUGCAUGCAAGCUUUAGUUAGAGUCCAGGCUCGAGUUCUUGAUCAACGAGUAAGGCUUUCGCAUGAAGGCAGCAGGAAAUCUGCAUUCAGCGACACCAAUAGCGUUAUUGAGUCGCGAUAUCUUCAAGACAUUUCAGAUAGAAAAUCAAUGUCAAGAGAGGGAAGUAGCAUUGCAGAUGAUUGGGAUGAAAGGGCGCACACGGUUGAGGAAGUUAAGGCCAUGUUGCAACACAGGAAAGAAGCUGCUAUGAAGCGUGAAAAGACUUUAUCCCAGGGUUUGUCUCAGCAGAUUUGGAGGACUCGUAGGAGCCCAUCAAUAGGCAAUGAUGAUGAGCUCCAGGAAAGACCACAAUGGCUAGACCGCUGGAUAGCUACAAAGCCAUGGGAUAGCAGCAGAGCAAGAGCUUCAACUGAUCAAAGAGACCCUAUUAAAACUGUAGAAAUUGACACUUCCCAGCCUUACUCUUACUUAGCACCCAAUUUUAGAAGAACAAAUCAUAGCCAAUAUCACCAGCAGCGUCAAAGGCCAAGUUCUCCACUCCAUAGAGCCCAUCAAACUGCACCUCAUCAUCACUCUCCUGUUACACCAUCUCCAUCGAAAUCCAGACCUGUUCAAGUCCGAUCAGCAAGCCCGCGGUGCAUAAGAGAAGACAGAAUCUAUAAUCCAUCUCAAACACCAAGCCUAAGGUCCAAUUACCACUACACAGGCAACUCGCAUCAACGUGCUAGUGGGAGUAGCAAUAACAGUAAUGCUAGUACUGCUACAUUGCCUAAUUACAUGGCUGCAACCGAGUCUGCUAAAGCUAGAAUACGAUCUCAAAGUGCACCGAGACAAAGACCAUCAACUCCGGAAAGAGACCGAGUCGGGUCUGCAACUGCGAAGAAGCGGCUUUCUUUUCCUGUCCCAGAUCCUUAUAAUGUAGGAAUGGGAUAUGGGCAUGGAUUAAGGAGUCCAAGUUUCAAGAGUGUCAGUGGUGUACAUUUUGGCGGGUUAGAACAACAAUCUAACUAUUCAUCUUGCUGUACGGAAAGUCUUGGUGGUGAGAUUUCACCUUCUUCAACCAGCGAUCUCAGGAGGUGGUUGAGGUGAUUUUAAUGAUCACACAUGAUACCAUUAGGUUUCUCUUUAAUUUUGGGACUGUGACUCUACAUAGGGUGGUUGAAAAUGAAACUAAUGUAGAAACAAGAGAGAAGUGAAAUGAGCUUCUUUUUCGGAUAGGUAGUUGCCACUUGAUAUUUAGAAAGUGUGACCUUGUGUGUGUGUGUGUCUCUUUUUUACUUUCUUUUUUCUUUUCUUUUAUAUAUUUGUUUGAAGUUGUAACCAUAGGUGAGCUAUUUGUUGUGCCCAUCUCACUUGGAUCUUUUUCUCAUGCAAUUCUUGUUAAUGACUUUAAUUAGUCAUCCUUUUCACUGUAGUAUAUCAAUUUCUUCUUGUUUU